ACUUGCCGUUUCUUAUUUCCCUCCCCAGUAGUAUUCUCUCCUUCUUUCUAUAUAUAUAUAUACACACACACACGUAUACAACAUAUACAACACAACACAACACAACACAUUUCUGUUUUCUCCAUUGUUUCUCAAAACAUAAAACAGAAGAAAAAACUCAGAUUAGAUGGAAGUGAGCAGCGUAGACGAGAGUACUACAAGUACAGGUUCUAUCUGUGAAACUCCGGCGAUAUCUCCGGCGAAAAACUCGUCGUCGGUUGGUAAUAACUUAUACCGGAUGGGAAGCGGAUCAAGCGUCGUCUUAGAUUCCGAGAACGGCAUCGAAGCUGAGUCUAGGAAGCUUCCUUCUUCCAAGUACAAGGGCGUUGUGCCGCAGCCAAACGGGAGAUGGGGUGCUCAGAUUUACGAGAAGCACCAGCGCGUGUGGCUCGGCACUUUCAACGAGGAAGACGAAGCCGCUCGUGCCUACGACGUGGCCGUCCACCGUUUCCGCGGCCGCGACGCCGUCACCAAUUUCAAAGACGUGAGGAUGGACGACGACGAGGUCGAGUUCUUGAAUUCUCAUUCGAAAUCUGAGAUCGUCGAUAUGUUGAGGAAACACACUUACAACGAAGAGCUUGAGCAGAGCAAACGGCGCCGUAACGGUAGCGGGAACACCGUCAGGACGAUGUUAACCUCCGGGUUGAGCAAUGAUGGUGCAUCCACGACGGAGUUCAGAUCGGCUGAGCCACUCUUUGAAAAAGCCGUUACGCCUAGCGACGUCGGGAAGCUUAACCGUUUGGUUAUACCGAAGCACCACGCCGAGAAACAUUUCCCGUUACCGUCGACCAGCGUCUCCGUGAAAGGUGUGUUGCUGAACUUCGAGGAUGUUAACGGGAAAGUGUGGAGGUUCCGUUACUCGUACUGGAACAGUAGUCAGAGUUAUGUCUUGACCAAAGGUUGGAGCCGGUUCGUUAAGGAGAAGAACCUACGUGCUGGCGAUGUGGUUAGUUUCAGCAGAUCUAACGGUCAGGAUCAGCAGUUGUACAUUGGGUGGAAGUCGAGAUCCGGUUCGGAUUUAGAGCCCGGUCAGGUUUUGAGGUUGUUCGGAGUUAACAUUUCGCCGGCGAGUUCGAGGAACGACGUCGUAGGGAACAAGAGAUCAGUGAACGAUACUGAGAUGUUAUCGUUGGUGUGUAGUAAGAAGCAACGCAUCUUUCACGCCUCGUAACAACUCUUCUUCUUUCUUUCUUUUCUUUUCUUUUUUUUUUUAAUAAAAAAACUCUUAGCUCUCCA